AUGAUAAAAGCUAUCAUGACUGGUUCAACACGUCAAUAUAAUCGUCAACAAAGUGCAACAACAGGUAGUUCAAAAAAGGAUAAAACUUAUGAAUUGCAACUUCGUCGAUGGUCAUCAACUAAUAAUCUAAAUCCACUUGAAUUAAUGCCUGUUGAUGAUAAACUUCAAGAAAACUUAUUUUCUAAACGAAAAAAUUCAAUAAGUGAUGAAGAUUCUGGUACGGAAGAAAUUGAACAACAACUUGAACAUAUGGUUAUAACAAAUUUUACUGAUAAUGAAGAUAAAUUAUCAGUAAAAUCUUUUGGUCCUAAUCAUGAUGAAGGUUUUUCCGAAUGUGAAGGUCAAUCUGAAUCAACAGUGUCAAUCAUUGAAAAUGAUCUUCAACUUGCUAAAAAUAUUCCGGAUGAUGCAAAAAAAGAUUUCUGUUUUGAUACAAGUGUAUCAUUUCAUGGUGAAUUUGCUCGACUCAUUUCAAUUCCUUUAUCAUUAUGUCAUAAAGUUCGUUAUUAUCUUUUUGCUGAAGAAGAACUUAUUAAUGGACCAUAUGCAAAUUUAACUGGUGAAUAUCUUAAACUUGAUAAUGCUAAAGCACAAUUUAAAUGUCCAGAUUCAAAUUGUCAACAUGCAUGGACGUCGAUGAGAGCUCGAAUUUCAUUUUCAAUUACUUCACCAGAAAUUGGAUUUAUUGUGCUUAAAAUUUUUGGACAAAAUUGUCAACAUUGUGGUACAUAUACUAAUGCUCUUUGGUAUAUUGAUGAAGUAUGUCGAGUAAUGAAAAAUUUGGCUAGAGCACUUUUUGAAGCUUAUUAUCCCGAUAUGAUAAACAGUGUCGAUUUAGAAACUCGAGAAUCAAUACAAAACGACAAAAAACAAUCUCGUCAAUUACGCCAUGAUCCUGCCCAAAGAAAAGGAAAAAUGCUGGCACCACAUGCUAAGGAAUUUUGUGAAGCAUGCCAACGUGGAUUAUGUUUUGUUUAA